AUGCAGGUUGAAAAGAAAGACCAAGAUUUUCACGGCUGUGCUUGGUUACCCAAGGUGGAAGAACCAAGUAUAACUUCUUCAUGGCCGAAGGAUACUAGAUUCAUGCUUCCUCAAUUGACUCCAACAACUUCAAAGAAGGACAUGGGCACACAAACCGAAUUGGGAAACUGUUUUGACGCAAGACACGCUUAUCUCGAUGGUUAUAUGGUACGUUUGACCUUGUUUGACCUCAUUGUUUGAUUGUUUCAGUUGUUACCUAUUUCGGUGGCUGCGUUGUCUCCUGGAUUACCUCCGCCGCCUCGAAGUGCCCACUUCUCCAAUUUGGCGACUCCUAACUCGGCUUCAUCGACUGGCUCCAAGAAUGUUUUUGAUUUCAAUCUGAAGAGUUUGAACAUUGAAGGUUUCGGAACUUCUCCUUUAGUUUCGCCAACCGAACCUCGUCGCAAGGGAAGUCAUAUGUUCUGUGGCUUCUGUUUCAACAAUGCCAAGGCUAAUGUGAGUUCUCCAUUUUUUAAGACAUUGAUAAAAUAUUGUACGUUUUAUCCUUUCGACUUUUUAGGGGAUUGAUACUUCUGGUCCAGGCCGCUGGUCUCAACACAAUCUUCGAGAUCAGGAGGGUCGGGUGGAAUGUCCAUGUCUCCGAAUGUUCCAGUGUCCCAUCUGUGGAGCCUCUGGGGAUUCGGCGCACACUCAGCGCCAUUGUCCCAAGAGAAAUCGAAUUUAA